ACAUACCGGUAUACAGGAAAAUUAUGGAUGUUUCCUUACAAUUACACAUUUGGUUAUAUUGUGUUAUCAAUCUAUUCUAACAUUAUCAAUCGUUUAGAAUUAGAUGCAAUUUUGAUUCGAUCAACACCCAGCUACGUAAGUAAUUGGACACCGAUGACAGCCAAUUCUCCUACCGCUAAAGUGACCCUCCGGCAUGACCUUCAGGAAGAUCCUGCUUACGUCAAGGUCGAGGCACGGACAGAGAAUGGGUUUAUAUUUCCCGCGUUUGGAUCCGCCCAGCAGGAUGACGACACUGGUGCUAUGUAUGGGGGCGUGGUGUUUGUCUACAACAGUACUCAUGUAGACCUGUUUGUUCCUGUUCGGAAUAAUGGUCCAACCUCAGGCCAAAGGGCCGCGAUUUAUACAGGAGACCCUUUGUCAUGGGCCGGACCGUAUUCAAUUCCACGGAUUUACAUGUCUGUGAUAGUAAGAGCAAUGGUAUGGAGAUCACGUGACCUACCAGCUCCCUCGUGGAAUGGAAGUCUACAGGCGACUGAAGGCGAUUGCAUAAAUGCUACCCUGGAACAUUCUCUGAUGAAAUAUCCUGAUAUGCUUGUUGUAAAAAUUAAAACAGAAAAAGGAUCGUAUCAGGGGCAAGGUCUUGCGUCGACAGGUGACAGUCUAACAAGAGCCGCUCAAGUCGGAGGGCUCCUUUAUGGGUCGAACGAAUCACAUGUUCGUUUAUGGACACUUUGCGACAUAACUGAAAGUUAUAGUGGUUUGAGCUUGCUGUCGGUUUCUGAUGGAUGGGGACAGCGAGGCAUGCUUUUACGAGGAUUUCACGGCUCUAUAACAGUCACUGCAUGGGAUUUACAAGACCGUUCUCAGAAUCAAGUCUUUAGUAGAUUUAAUCUUAAUGACGUUGAAUCUUCUUCCUAUGGAAUAGAUUCAGUUCAUUUACCAUCACUUGAUGUGGUUAAUGUACAGCUUCACAUUUUGGAUGGCGCAAACAAGGAUUUCCGGUUUGAUGGCGUCGGUUCUGUGAUGAAUGAAGCUCCUUUAUAUGGAGGACUUGUGUACGGUUACAACGAUUCCAUGGUAGCGAUCUGGGUACCCACCUCUUUUAAACGAAGCAAUGGAAAGGCGGCUGUUUUUAUGUUGGGACAAGUAUGGGGAUGGGCGUUCAAGGCACAGGCGACGAACAAUGUAGAUGUAGUUGUCAAAGCUACAGAUAUACUUGUGCCAAUCUGUCUUCUUGAUUUUGAUUUAUCCACAACCAUUAUAAACAUCACAUCAAAAUAUGAAAGACACAACGCCUCUGUCUUUGCUGUUGGCGACACGUUGAGUUUACAGUGUUUACCGGGAUACCGUUCUGUGGAAGUUAACAGUACUAUAACGUGUGAAUCACACAGCGGGGGUAGCUGGAACCCUGAACCCAACAUAUGUGAAGCCAUCACUUGCCCUAGCCCUGUAGUACCUAACACACAAGUCAUUCACCUGAACGAUUCUGUCGGUGGAAGUGUUACUCUGUCCUGUGUGGCUGGCUUUGACCACGUGGGAGGGAACCUGGAGCGCACCUGUCUGGACACGGGUACCUGGAGUGGAGUGUCGCCGAUUUGUACAGGAUGUUUUUGUCAAUGCCCAAUACACAAAUGGGACGGAAAUAUCAAUGAAACAGCAUGGCUACUGCAACGAAUACAAGAGUUGAAAAAUCAACUAACAAUCUCGAGAAAUUCUACAACUAAGGCUAUGCGUCGGAAACAUUGUGCGUACGACCCACGUGCCUCUGCCAAGGGGGUAGGGGCUACUUUUGGGGCUGGACUUCUAAUUUCCAUUGCUACUUUCCUCAUAAUUAGUGAUCUACCAAUACUGAUGUUGCACCUUAAACAAGCAAAGAACAAUUUUAUAUAAUUUACUUAUUCGCAAAUGCUUGUGAAUAAGAAUUUGAAAAAUUGCUUGGAUUGGACACUAUACUGUGUUAUUUUAAUUUCAAAGUUCCAUUGUCGCUUUGACUUGUGUAAAAACCAGGACAAGGAAUGGAACAGCUUUGUUUCAAAAGUGCCACUUAUAAUUUCACUAGCCUUUUCUCUGUUUCUAUAGUUAUAUUUUGAACAUGCAAACAGUCUAAAAACCAAGGUGCUUCUGCCAUUUGUGGUUGGAUUGACAACUUUUCCCCCUUAGUUAUCAAAAAGUUCAUUCUUAUUUGAACUCAUAAGAAAUGCGUACACAUUUUAUUUUCGACGAGAUAAACGAGAUUGCACGAGAUACACAAGAUUUCACGAGGUACACAAG